AUGUCGUUGAGUGAUGUCUUUUGGAGCAUUCUGGAGCAUAUGGGACAAGGAGCAUGGAGGGACUUGGCACAUGGAAGCAGCUCAACUGGACACGCAAAGGAAGAAGGGAGAAGCCAUCUUGAAGACCAGCUCGACCGUCUACUCGACCAACCGGUCGAGUUCCUCAACUCGACCGGCCAAGCUUCAACUCGAUCGAGCUGA